AUGUCUGCCAUCAUCCAAUCCCUGGAGAAGAUCGUCGCGCUAAGCCCCCCGGUCAAGUGGUCUUCCUCGGCUCUGUGGCUGGAAGUCGACUCGCCGAUGAAGACGGCGACCGCGGUCGCCCAGCUGGCCGAGCGCCUGGUCGCCCAGCUUGACGCCGACAUGGAUUUCGACCUGGAAGCCACGCCGCGUGCCCCGGAGUUGGCCCGCGGCGCGGGAUUCACCCUUCUCUGGGCACUACAUGUAAUGACCCCCGACAAGGCGGCAGAAGACGAGCCACUUGGAAGUGACGAACUCGCCAUCCUGGCUGCCAUGCGGUAUCUCAGCCGCUCGCGCGAGUUCACCGAGGCCCUGCGGUCGGUGAGUGUGCCGAUCCCCUCUCCCCGGCCGAAUGUUCACCCACUGGCGGUGAUGAAUCGGCCACUGGCGCUCGGGCACCCGGGCGCCUUGGCCUUCCUGAACAAUGUGCUGCACGGCUGCAGCGAGUCAACUCGCAUGAAGCUGUCGGUUCUCUAUCACACCGGCGCCGAGCGGCAUCUUCGCGCUCUGCUGGCCAACCAUCGGGCCAUUGCCGAGGCCAACCGGCCGAGGACCCUGCUGGCGGUCGCACGCUGCUUGAAUCUUGCCCUGAUGCAGCUCCCGGCCUCCAUCCGCUGGGGCUAUCCGGAGGAUGUAACCCCCCCGGCCCCGGCUGCCGACCCGGUUGCCCCGCUGUCUGACACCCUGCUGUCGACGGUGUACGUCCUCGGGUCCAUGAGCCUCCUGAAUGAUGUGUCCAAGACUUGCAUCUUCCUGAUGGAGGAGUCGGCUGGGCUACAUCCGGAAGACCACCGCCAGAGUGACAUCUGGGCCGCCCUCGGGGAUUUGAUGCGCCUGGCGUCGACGCUGGUGAGACACCACACCCGCCUGCGCGCCGAGCGCUCGGCCUUCUUUGUGAAUGGUCCAGAGCAGCAUCAGCUCUGGCGGCCACACCGCCAAGCCCUGGCCUCGGUGGUCGGUCUGGCCGUCGCCGCGGCGGCUAUGCUCCGCCGGCCCUGCCUCGGCGCCUCGGCCCCAACCGCCGCGACGAUCGAUGCCUUCGUGUCUGUUCCCAUGGUGGCCGACAUGCUGGAUUCAUGCGUCCUGGAUGCGCUGGUUCUGUUGCUGCUCCCCUCGCGGCCAUUUGCCCGUCGGGUGCUGCAAGCCCCUCCGUCGGAGACAUUGGGACUGGCCCCGGCGCAGGCCGCGGCCCUUGGCUUGAGCCGGCUUGAUGCUGAGGCCCGUGACCCGGCCGCUCGCAGGGACUUCCUCGGGAUCGGUCAAGACAUGACGGAUCUGCUGAGUGAGGUGCUGGCUGCUGGCUUGGCUCACCGGCUGGCCGUGGCCGGGCUUGCAGUGCCCUGCUCGCCGGAGUCGAUGCCGGCCAAUGACGUUGACCUUGUGGAAGCCGGCAUCGCCAUGGCCCUGGUGACCAGCGUGUGCCGUGUUUCAGAUGGCGUUUGUCGUACCCUUCGUCGGAAAUGGAUUCUGCCACUGGAUAGCUCGAGGGCAGUGAAGCCCGAGAAGCAGCAGACCCUUCGCGGGUCACUGGCUCGGAUUUUGACCCUCACAGGCAUCGACUCCUCCACGCGCUCCCUGAUGAACCUCACCUUUGAGUUCAUUUGGGUUCUUUGCUGCCAGAGCGCGAAAGCGGUGGUCGCGCACUUCGGCCAUGGCAAUGCGGCCGGCAUGCUGGCCAAUAAGGCCCUGAUCCCAGAGGAUGCAAGUGACGAGGAGGAUGAUCUGGAGCCAAUUCAGUUUGGCGACCGGCCUCUGCGUCUGUAUGCCAAGGGGUUGGACUUCGCGGCUGAGGUCUUGCCUGAUGAGGAAAUUCUGGACGUCAUUGAUCAUGUAAGUGGCACUUCGCGCAGCGAAACUCCCCGACCCGCGCGGGCUCCAAUGUCUACGGCUGAGAUGGAGGAGCUAUCCAACAUGAUGACCCGGCUGGAGGCCAUGGGCAUGGUCAAGAAUCCGACUGACGACUAUCGAGAUGAUUAG